GCAAGAACCGAACCCACCCCUAGAUUGAGGGGCUCGUCGACGAGAGCCUCUGCUAUGGCGACCAGUGGGGAUAUCGGUUCAAGUGGCGGCAGUGCGGCCGGUUCUUCUGCUCGCUGCGUCGGAUUUCGGAGCUUUCCGCAGGCUCAGCAACCGGAGAUUAUGAGAGCUGCUGAGAAGGAUGAGCAGUACACUCUCUUCGUAUAUGAAUCCUGCCGUGAUGCAUUUCGUCACCUGUUCGGUACAAGGGUUGCGUUAUCUUACCAGAAUGAGACAAAACUUCUUGGACAAAUGCUUUACUUUUUACUCACAACAGGUGCGGGAAAGCAAACAUUAGGAGAAGAGUACUGUGACAUCACACAGGUUGCAGGACCAUUUGGCCUUCCUCCAACUCCAGCAAGACGUGCUCUUUUUAUCUUUUAUCAAACAGCUGUUCCAUACCUUGCCGAAAGAGUCAGCUCUAGACUUGCUUCCCAAGCCAUCACCAUGGAUGAUCGGUUUGAUGACGGUUAUCCGUUUGGUGUUAUUUCUGGCUCAAGUGGACGAGUCGAAGCAUCCACAGCUAUUGUCGCUGCAUCUUCAUCAUCAAGAGAAUGCAUGUCAGUUCUAUCAAGGUUGAAGGCAAAUAUAAGACAAUGUUGGCUAUAUGCAGUUCAGAGGUGGCCCUCAGUGCUUCCUUUCGCUCGUGAGGUCCUGCAAUUAAUUAUCCGUGCUAAUCUCAUGUUCUUCUAUUUUGAAGGACUAUAUUAUCAUUCAUCAAAACGUGCAUCUGGCAUACGUUAUGUGUUCAUUGGAAAACCAACUAACCAAAGGCCCAGAUAUCAAAUAUUGGGGGUUUUCCUUUUCAUUCAGCUAUGUGUCCUUGCUGCUGAGAGACUGCGCUACAAUAAUUUAUCAUCACUUACAGCUUCUGUUCAACAAACACCAUUUGGAACUUAUCAAACUUUGUCAGGACACGGUGUGCCUGUUUUGAAUGAGGAAGGCAAUUUAAUUACUGGAGGCUCUGGAAAUGGCAGUUUUGCAUUUGAGUCCUCAUUAGCUUCAGAGUCUCAUGCAAGUGGACUUAGCAAAUGCACCCUUUGCCUGAGCAGUCGCCAACAUCCCACUUCCACCCCUUGUGGACAUGUAUUUUGCUGGAACUGUAUAACUGAGUGGUGCAAUGAGAAGCCGGAAUGCCCUCUCUGUCGUUCUCCUGCAACACAUUCAAGCUUAGUCUGCAUGUACCAUUCAGAUUUCUAAUUCUCUGCUGUGUCUCACAUGUUCAAUGAAUCACAAUCAUUCAAAUAAUACCUCCUUUGUGACAAUUGUAUUCUGAAUCAUCCAUCUCCUGUGUCACAGCCUUUAAGGACCAACGAUUAUAUCUGUGACAAUUGUACACCCCAUUGAUCUCUGUCAAAUUAGGUCACAUACCAAGACAUGGAUCGGUGUGCAUAAAGGCUUUGGUUCAUAUGCAAAUACACCUACUAGCACUCUUUUGCCUGUGCACAUAAACUUUUGAAGGUGUAAUUUUAUUGUCAGUGAAGAGAUUAGAGGCUCUUUGGCUGAAUUUUCUUCACACGAAGACGUUUUGCCUGUGAUCUUUUUUUUUUUUGUUUUGCAAGAUUUGCCCGUGAUCUAAUCUGAUGGAAAUGUUUGUAUGGAAAGGGUGUAUGAAAGAUCAUUUUUCCUAUUUGUUUCAAGUUCAAGUUACAACUGCGUUUAAUUUAUACACUUUUAAUGUAUCAA